CGGGACGGGAUCGUAAACGAGGGGAAAACGGUGGAAAAAGGUAAAUCAAUACUUUGAUACUCGCUGGAACCGCGAACGGCGCACGGCGCUCGUUCGUUACGACAGUGACGAGCGACGAGCUACCACGGCUGACGAAGACGAAGACGAAGACGACGACGAGGAUAAGGAAAGCUUGUGUGCAGCGAAAACUGGUGUGCGGCACCUCUCCUCGAGGACAUCCGGUCCACAUCGUCGGUUUUUUCCGUCGCGUACCAUUUAUCGCUGAUUAUGAUGCACGCAUUGAUUAUCAUGCUCUACUGCAUUCUGCUCCUCUUGAUCGCUGUUGCUGCACGGGCGAAUAUUUACUUGCCCUUAAUGAAGGAAAGUAAAGUCGAAAAUAAAGCAUGUAAUCCCCUAUUCGGAUGUAUCCAGGAAGAGGAUUUAUGGACGGACAACCUUCUGCAAGAAUUGAUCGAUCAAGUAGGAAAUGAAUUUGUGAGUGUGUCCGAUUCGUAUUUGGAAUAUCAGGAGGAGAAAGCCAAAGAAUUGCCCAUGGAACUGCCAGCCGAUUACGACAGCAUGGACACGUUGAAUCCGAACCCGAGUAUACGAGAUCAAGAGUAUCUGCAGCACAGUACGCUCUGGGGCCACCAACGGUUCGAUAAUAAUAAAAAUAAUAAUGACAAGGGUUAUGACAGACAUAGGAUUCAAUCCGGUUUGAAAGGAUUCAAGGAUGAAAAGACGGAAAAUCCACUACCGGCUUACUGCACUCCUCCGAAUCCUUGCCCGGUCGGAUACAUGACUGAGAACAAUUGCCUCACCAAUUUUGAAAACACAGCGGCAUUUAGUCGCGACUAUCAAAGCGCGCAGGACUGCAUGUGCGACACGGAACAUAUGUUAGAAUGCGCCAACGAGUCUGGAAAUAGCAACAGUUUGUCGAACAUGCAUAUUUCAAAUUCCGAUCUCAAUCAAAUUGUCGAACAGUUUCAGGAAGAAAAUCCAUUCUUUCAAGGAGAAAAAUUGCCGAUAGCUGCAAAGAAAGGCAUACACGUGAUCGAUUAAAGACUUGCAGAAACGAACUCGAGAGGAAAUUGGGAAACGAACGUGAAAACAUAAUACAAACUUCAUUGAUUAAAGUUUCAGAUGUAAACCGAUCGAAAAAAGGGCUUCUAUUCAGAUACUGACUAUUAGAUGUAUAAUUAGGCAUCGCCUAAUAAUAAUAAAUAAAACACACGCAUUUGCGCAGCGUUAAAGCGUCAAACAUUGAGAAACGUUGUAACGUUUCCAAGUCUGAUGAUGCACGGACAAAGUUCUUAAAUGGACCAUGGCUGUUUAUCAGCGGGUAUAUUAAAAAAAAUAUAUAUGUAUCUUUUUUUUUCAUAGAACCAUUAAUAGAGAUCUUGCCAGAUAUACUACAUGUAAUUGUAUACGUGUACGUUUUAACAUUAUAUAAAGUGUCUACAGUUGCGAUUAUUCAGUUUAUAGAAUAAUUUUCGUAUAUGCUGAUAUUUUUUCAAUCCACAGAAAUGCAUAGAGUAUUUCGUAAGGUUUGUAAAAUUCUGUAUUUUGCAAUAUUUAUAAAACACUCUCUGUAUUUGAUAGCGAUUGAGAACACUCCAUUAAACAUAUCCUGAUAUGUA